AUGCAAAAACUGUCAUUCUUACUGUUGAUAUCUACUCUUGCCUUUGCCUUAUCACAAGAAUCGGCAUUUGACGGUAAACAUGGUAUGGGCUCAUUUGGAGGUAUGGGGCAAUUUGGAGGUGGUAAUGGUCAAUUUGGUAAAGGAAUGUUCGCCAGGUUUAGUCAAGGAGGCGCAGGAGGUCAAUUUGGAAACGGCCAGGGAUUGGCAAUGUUCAAACAAAAAAUGCUAGUAUUUAAGACAAGGCCAGAGUAUGCAAGGCUGAGUGGCAAUGCUAAACAGGCUUUGGAGGAAGUAAUGGUAAGGUUUUAGCUUGAUGAGGGCUUGUUGUUUAGUAAACCUAAGUUAUUAAAAUUAUGGCUACGGAGCCUUAGGCUUAAUAGUCAAGAAUAGAGCCUUAGUAGGCUAAGCUUUAAGGCUUAGUAAGCUUAGGUUUCAGCUUUGUAGGCUUAUGCAAAAACUUAAGCUUAGUAGGCUUAGGCUUAGUAGGCUUACGCUCAGUAGGCUUAGGUUUAGUAGAGUAAGGCAUAAUAGGCUUAGGAUUAGGCUUACUAGGCUUAGGCUUAGUAAGCUUAGGUUUAGUAGGUUUAGGCUUAGUAGGCUUAGGAUUAGUAGGCUUAGGCUUAGUAAAUUAAAAAUUUAAUUGUAAAAAAAAAAUUUAAUUGUGAAGAUGUUUUAGAUGGUACUGAACUCCCCAUCCGGUACUCCAAUGCAAACUGUGACAAGAAUGAAGGCGAUCGGUCAGAGGAACCCAGCUGCAGCUCAAGAGCUCAAACAAGCUGUUUAUCAAAGCUAUCAAAACGGCGGACCAUUGAAAAGAGGGUUCAGAUUGUAA